AACACUUUUUGUUUACAUAAUUAUUUGAUCAAAGUGACUUCAUCUAUUCUAUAGUAAUAAAGAGUCUAGAUUCUAUAUAUCAUAAUGUUAAUAGAUAAUAAUAGAUCUAAAUCUAGAGUGAUAUAGAUUUUAGAUCUACCAUGGGCAUGUGACUACCUAGUUAGGCCUACGAACUCGAUUUCUAGAUCUAGACAUAGUUUUUGACAUAGUGAUAGUCACAAUCACAUAGACUUAGUUAGACUCGUACUCAUACUCAUAGUAAUUACUUAGUAUGAUACUCUAUGCCACUAUGGCUAUGUGACAUGUCAUAGUACUCAUAGUCAUACUCAUACUCAUAAUACUGUGACUCAUAGACUUGUCUGACUAGAUACUUGUUCAUACUUACUUACUAGAUCUAGAUCUAGAUUCUACUUCUAGAUCUAGAAUCAAUCUAUCUAGCCUCUAGCCCGGCUGCUGACUUAGAAUAAAUCAAGUUAGAUUAAAUCUACUAUCAUAACUAUGAUAAUAUAAAAUAUAAUCUAGACUUUGUAAAGGUUUAAAAGUGUAAGCAACAGUCUGGUGCUGGGUAUGAGAACUUAAGACACUUCUCUGGCUCUGACUAAGGAAGAUGUCAAGCAUUGAAGUAACUUCACUUCAAUACUGGAAGAGCUGAUAAAGUGAUUACAGAAAUGCACAAGUCCACAUCAUUUGUUUCUUAUCGGUACAGUACCUCUGCUAUUGGUCAUAUAUAUAAUUUAUUAUUAUAGUCAUUAUUUUAUCGGAGGAACAUGAACAAAAUUAUUCAAAAUGAUCAGAUGAAACUCUACAAUUGUCAAUCUAAGGAUUGUUUUCAAAUCUUUUACUUAGUUACUUGAACUUUGUACAUUCUUAAGUAAGAUAAUAACUUUUUUGUGUGUGGAUAAAACAAAUAUAUAUGAUAAUUGAAAAUGGACUCGCACAAAAAAAUUCACCAUCGCUAUCUUUGUGGAGGUCUUUCUAAAUUAAAAUCAUCGACAGAGCAUAUUGAUACAAUCCUUGUAGUUGGAGACUGUAAUUUUCCUUGUCAUCGCACAGUGCUGGCAGCCAUGUCCACUUAUUUCUGUGCCAUGUUCAGUUCCGGAAUGAAGGAGAGCCAUGAGAAGGUAAUUACCCUGAAAGGAAUUUCACCUACUCAUUUUGAAAAAGUCUUAGAAUUCUUAUAUACUGGCAACAUUGAGUUGACCUACGACUCUGUCGUGGAUCUCCUUCAGAUCUCAUCCAUGUACCAAAUAGAGGCUUUGCAACUAAUUUGUGAAAAGUUUUUAGCCAAUGAUAUUUGUAUUCAAAACUGUAUCAUAAAUUGGAAAUUGGCUUUAUCAUACAACAGUCCAUUGCUUGAAGAAAAAGCUUUUUGGUUUAUGACAGAAAAUUUCCCAGAGUUAAAAAAAUCAAGAGAUUUUUUAGAGUUGAAUAAAGAUGAACUGAUCAGAUAUAUUGAUGCUGAUCAUUUAAAUGUAGAGAAGGAAGAAGAUGUAUUAGAAAUGGUUACUACCUGGUUAGAUUAUGAUUUGGAAAGAGGCAAUAAACAUGUGCUGGAAAUUUUCAAAUUUUUACGCUUGCCAUUAAUGGAAACAGAUUUUGUGAAUAGAACAUGUCAGAAAAGCCUAUGUGUACAAUCAAAUAAAACCUGCCUGGAAUUUAUCCAGAAAGUUGUGAAAGCUAAUCAGAAUUCAAAUUUUUUGGGACUUGAACUUAAUCCUUGUAUAUUCAAACUCAGGAAAGAGCAUGCUUUAGUGAUGGUAGAUGGUAGGCGACAGGAAGUGUUUUGUUUUACUUUACAUAGUAAAAAAUUGUAUUUCUUGGCCAAAUUCCCUUAUUUUUCCAAUGCUAAAGCAGCUUGCGUUCAUCAAGGGGACAUCUAUGUUUCUGGAGGGUCAGAUGAACAAACAAAAAUGGUAAAAUUUGUUACAGAGCAGAACAAAUGGGAAAAUUGUAGUGAUCUGAUAGAACCUAGAUAUUUUCAUGUCAUGCUGUCUCUUGGAGAUUACAUCUAUAUCCUUGGGGGGUAUACAAAAAACUCAGCCAAGAACCCAGUAACGGUUGAGAGGUAUGAUCCUGCAACUAAUGAAAUCACUACUGUUGGAGAAAUAGCUCACCCUGCUGGAAAGAUAUCAGCUGCAUCUUAUGGGGAUGUUAUUUUCAUGUUUGGUGGAAGUGAGAAUUGCUAUGACUAUGUAGAUAAUGACAUUCACUCCAAGCCCACAGUAUUUCAUAGCUUUAAUACAAAGACGAAUACAUCCUGCUUGUACAGUAAUAUCCCAACUAUCACUGUUGGAAGUCAAGCUCUUACAGUUGAUGACACUGUUUACAUAUUCAGUCCUAAUGGAAAUAUAUUGACCCUCUCAGAAGAGAAGACCCCAAUAAUCAUACAUGUCCUAAAAUCUUUUGACCAUCGUCAUUUCAGGGUUGUUAACCAUCAUGGUUGCUUCUUCAUUCUGCAACUUGCAGCUCCGAAAUUUCAUGAUGAAAUUCUGGUUUUGUCCUGGAACCCUCAGACAAAAGAAGAAUAUGUUUUACUCUGGGAUAAGCUUCCUAGAACUCUUUUAGAUUCUCAUUGGAUGAAGGUAGCCAUAAGUAAGCAGCAUUUGCGAUAUGAAUGCAACCGAAGAUAAUGUUUUAGUGCUUGUCUUAGUAUUAAGUUUGCCUUAUACAUUUUUUAUAGUUUUAAUAUCUAUCUCUAUAUACAUAUAUAUAUUGUUAUAUUUUACAAUUCUUGGAAUGAGUAUUUGUGUAUUUUAUAGCACAGUUUUAUUUUGUCUAAAAUGUUUAUUGUUAAACUGUUAUUUCAACAUCCAUGGGAUCUCCUUUUUUAUGUAUACAAAAUUCAAAAUGACCAUAUGCUUUAUUAAAUACCUGGUAUUGAUUUCUAUUUGUAGGGGUUACCAAAGAUAAGUCCCCAAACAAAGCAGAUCUAGGACUCAUUCUCUUAUUAUCUUACUUGACAGACAUCAGUUAAAACUUAUUGUCAAUUAGUGUUUGCAUCCAAAGUUUUUACAGUGUAUUUGUACAGCUUUUUCAGUUGUAUUUUGUUCAGUUCUCUAUUAUCAAAAUUCCAUUUCUUUGUAAUACUAUGGUAUUAAAUUUAAGAGAUUCUACUGGAAAUAAUGCCUUGUGUGGCUCAAAAUACUAGAAAAAUCUGCAUUUGAUGGUCACUUUCUAUAUCAAAAGAUACCAUCAUUAUUAUAAUUUGUUUUUAGUGUGCAGUGAUGUCUCCUACAGAGUGCGUUUGAGUGACAUGCAUCUUAUUUUAUUCUUAUGUACUAAAUUUGGACUCACAUGUAAUAGUUUUAAUUAGGAUAGCAGUUCUGUUUUUCAAACCUUUUAUGGAAAAGCAAAAUAUUGUCACAAAGACACAAAAUUAAUCACUCUUGAUGUUUUAAGUAUCUGUACCAGUAUACAAGCUUUCAACAGCAAAACUUUUCUUUGUGCCUGAUAGUCUUUGUUUUUACAAUAAAUGUAGGAUGCUGGUCAACAUUUAAAAAAAAUUUUGUGAGCUGUCUACUUAAUUUUUUAUUAUAGAACAUCUAAUCUCAUCAAUUUUAUGUUAAAUUUUUGGUGGAAUGAUUAUUGUCCAAUUUGACUGUUAAAAACCAGUUCAAGGCCAAUUCAUGAACCCUUUGUAUGAAAUGUCCAUUGUUGUUUACUUUUAGUCAAUGUUUUAUAAUCAACAACAAAACACAAUAUAAAAGUCCACUAAUAGUACAAGAUAAGCAUCAACAAUAAAGCACAGUAUAGUUGUAGAUCAAAGUUGGCCUUGGUUUAAUCUGCCAAGACUUUGAAUAUAAUAAGCUAUUCAAAGCAAGAAUGAGAAAUCAUAGCAAUCUUCAAACACAUUGUCAAAGAUAUCAUACUCAUCUUUCGAAUCAGGAACUUCAUUAUUUAGAAUAGACAUCUUUAUGGGUGGUACUGGUGCUUUAAAGUGCAAUGUUUGUUUCAAAGCACAAUACCUAUUAUUUGAUUUUUUUUUCUUUAUACACACACAAAGAUCUUGAUAUAAGCGAGAUUUUAUGCCCUAUACAUAAGAUAUUCAAUUGAAAUGAAGCUCAAGGAUUUGAGAUGUAAUGGGUUAUGAUUAUAUAAUGGAUGAAGCAUUACAAUUAGCUUCUUAGGCAGCCUUAUCAUCCUCAUUAAAUCCUUGACUUGUUUAUUUGGAGUGUUGUAAAAAUAUGCCCAAAUAUUUCUCCAUUCUUCUGAUUUAAAAGACAUCUACAGGAGCUAAAAAAAAAAAAAUAACAAUCUUGUAAGUAUUUGCUAAAGCUGAGUUCUGGCCAUUCAUAGGUGAAGAAAGAGAAGAAAAAGAGGUGAAUGUGAACAUUUUUUUUUUUUUAAAUUUAUAUGCAUCUACCUCUAAGUAUAUUCUUGAAUCAUGACAUGAUAUUUGGUAGUCUAUUCUUCAUGGUAAUAAUUUAUAUUCGGGUAGUCUAUAUUCAAUGUUUACAAACUUUUCAAUUGCUUACUACAUUUUGUUGUUGUUGGUUUUAUGCCUUUUUAUAUAAGACAGCUUCUAAUGUUCUUUAAUUCAACUUUGUAAGUUUAUGAGUAUAAUUUUCAAAUAUCAACAAUGGGGACUGAUAUUUUAAUUGGAAAAAAAAAUAGU